AUGUAUACAAGAACUCGACGAAAAAAACGUACAACAAGUAUGGAAGCUACUACUGGAGAAAGAGAGGCUGAUGAAGAAGAUAAUAAUAAUGAUAGUCAAAUAUCCAAAGUAAAACAAGAUCAUGAUCGACAAAAAGAUUUACCAAAAACAAUUAAUCUUGUUGCUCCUGCUUCUUUAUCCAGCCUUGCCGUACCAAUUAGUAAUGAAAGUCAUGAUCAACCACAUCACUCAUCUGCUAUUCACAUUGCUCAUUUACUUCACGAAGCAAAUCUAUCGGAACUUAUUCCAGUAGAUUUAGUUAGUCAAUUCAAAUUUUUUCUUAAUGACCGUUCACAUCUCCAUAAUCAGAUCGAGUUUGUUCGAACGCAAUUUGAAAAACAAUAUAAUUCACUCAAAAAUCGUCUUGAUGAAACUGAAACAGAAAAUGAACGUCUAACUGCACAGCAUCGAUCGUCAACAAAACAACUUCUUCUAUAUAAAAAUCUUGUUGAGGACCAUGAAAAUACGAACUCAUCAACUAAAACAAAAGAUUAUCAACAAUUAAAAUUAACUAUCGAUGCUGUUUUAAAAGAAAAUGAACGUUUGUAUGCUGAAAUACAUGAUUUUAAAACAAGUGAUCCAGUUUAUGAACAAGUUCAAUUAUUAGAAACAGCUAAUAAACAUUUAAAACAAGAAUUAAUUCAUGCAACAAAUGAUAAUCAUCGUUUAAAACAGAUGAUUAAUAUUGAUGAAAUUAAACAAUUAAAAUUAAAACUUUCAAAGUCAACCGAUGAAUGUGAAAAAUUAAAAUUAUUAAAUAAAAAACUCAUUAAUGAAGUUCAAAUACGUCAACGUCAAUUGCAAACAUCAUCACCUAAACAGCUACGUGUUUAUCCUCAUUCACCAUCUCAACAACAACAACAACAAUUUCAACUUUCUCCAAUAUCACAACACUCAGCAAUCAGCCCACCAGCUUCAACUAUCGUUUCUAGACGUGUUAACGAAAACAUUUCACCAUUAACAAUCCAAAAUCUACGGCAAUUUGAAGUAGUAUCACAUUAUCCAGUGCCCAUUUCAUCAGCAUCAAGUGAUAUUGCUCAACUGAAAGAUCAUGUUCAUUUGUUAGAACAAAAAUUACAACAACGUGAGUAUGAAUUACAAACAUUACAAAUUGAGAUCGAAAAAGGUACAAGUUCAAUAAUGAGUUCAAUCGAAGACCUCUACAUAGCUUCAUCGUCUGUUUCGCCAUCUCAACAAUCUCCGUCAACACAUUUUGCCUUAGCCAAUGUAAAAAAUCAACCAACUAUUGAAGAAUUACAAAAUGAAUUGGAUCAAUUACAUGAUAAAUUAGAUGAACUAACACGUGAAAAUCAAAUGUUAAAAAAUCGUACUCAAGAAUUUGAUACAAUUUAUGAAGAAAAUGAAUAUCUUUAUGCAGAAAAAAGUCAAUGGAACGAAGAAAUAGAACGUACUCGUAUACGUGAAUUAGUACUUGAACAAGAAAUUCGUACACUAAAAGAACGUGAAAAAGAAUUUCUUGUCACAAAUGAUUCCAAUGCAAAUAAUUUAAGUGCAACACAAUCAAAAUUAAAAAUUGAUUGGCUACAUCAAACAAAUAAUCAAUUAGAACUUGAAAUAGUUCGUCUACGCGAGCAACUUGAUUUGCUAGCUAAAAAAUGCCAAGAAGUAAAGAAAGGAUCAAUUCACAAGGAUGAACAUUAUAAACAGCUAUUAGCUGCCGCAGAAGAUAAACAACAAUUACCUCAAGAAUUGGUUCGUUUAGAAAGAAUCAAGGUUGAAAUGGAAAGUCAAAUGGAAAAAGAAAGACAAGAUUAUCAAAAAACGAUUGCAGGAUUAGAAGAACAAACAGAGAAAAGAGAACAAAAAUAUAGUUCUCUUUAUGAAACAAUUCUCAAACUUCAAAAUGAUUACCGACAAAAAGAAUUAGAUUAUGUUCAACAAAUGGAGGAUGUCAUCAAACAACGUGAUGAACUUCAUGUCAAAGUUAAUUUACUUCAAAAUGAAUAUGAACAAAUUCAACAAGAAAAUAAAGCUCUUAAAGAAGAGAUAAAAUCAAAAGAUGAAAUAAAUCGCGAUCUUAAAUUAGCUGUAACAUCAUCAAAUAAUGAUACACAAACGAUAUAUAAUCAAUUACGUCAAUUAAAUACAAAUCUUACUGAUUUACAGCAUAAAUAUGAACGAGAUAUAGCUGAGCGUGAUAAACAAAUAGAGAUGUUACAAAAUGAUGAAAAGCAAAUUAUAUCAAAUUAUGACGGAGAUCUACUACACGCUCAUCAAACAAUAAUUCAAUUACAGCAUGAUAAUAAGCAAUAUUUAAAUCAAAUAGAAACAUAUCGAUCAAAUUGUGAUAAACUUCAAACUGAAGUUAAAGACAAACAACAUUUUCUGAAACAAAUACAAAACGAUUUAACCGAAAGAUCAGCAUUACAUAUUAAUAUUAAUAAUCAAUUAUCUCAAGAAAAUAAAGGACGAAUAGCAAAAAUAGCGGAAUUGGAACAGGCCGUAUCUGAAGAACAGAAACGCAAUGUUGAAUUACAACAAACAGUUCAAGCUUUAGAACUUGAAGUAAUGGAAUCUCGUGCUAUAGCAAAAGAAUCAUUAGAAAAAAGUCAAGAACUUGAAAGACGUUUUCAUGAAACAGAUAAAAAUUUUGAAGAAACAAUACGUACCCAAAUAAAUGAAACAGCAGAACCCACAAGACGUGAGUUAAAUUUAUUGAGAGCUGAAUUAGUAACUAAAUCUGAUCAAAUAACACGUUCACAACAUACAAUCGAAGAAGAAAAACUCAAACGACAAAGACUUGAAAUGAAAUUAAAACGAUUAAAAGAUGAAUAUGUUAAUAUUCGUAAAGAACUUUAUAAUCGCAUUGAAGAAAAUAAUACAUUACAGCACGAACUUGUUGAAUGUCGAUUUAAAAAUGAUUACAAUAUACAUGUUACAAAUCAAACAUUCAAUGCAUUAAAAACUCCAAAUGAAAAAGAACCAACAGCUGCUGUUCAACUUUAUUUAAAAGAAAAAUCAGAAAAUCAACAUUGGCAAUUAAAAUGUCGAACAUAUCAACAAAAAGUUGAGCAAUUACAAAAAAAUUAUGAAUUAACUAAAGAAAAGCAUAAACAACGCUUACAAGAAGAACGAGAAUUAUUCGAGCGCACUAAAAAUAAAUAUUUCGAGCAUCUUAAAAAUGUUCAAAGAGAUUUACAUGAGACACGGCAAUUACUUGAAAAAGAUACUGAAUUAAAACUUAAUCAAGAAUCAGCAUAUCAACAAUUGAUUGAUGAGCGGAGACAGCUACUUACGAGUAUGGUUGAUAAAGAUGCAAAAGUUCGUGAAAUGCGUCGGGAAAAUCUUCUGUUGACAUCGAAAAUUCAAUUACUCGAAGAUCAAAUGGAAAAUUUAAAUGAGCGUGUUGAUCGAACAUUACGCGAACGAAACCAACUUCGCCGAGAAAUUAAUAGUGUUCGAUUUGAUAGUAACAUUUGCAUCGAAGCAAGUACUCGUUCUUCGCCAAGUCCCUCUCCAUCCAGAGCUACUCAUAUUGAAUCUACGACAUGGAAUCAACCUGUUCAUCAUAAGGAAUCAUUUGGUUUUGCUAAUGAUCACCAAUGUGGAGCAUCGCCUGUUUCAUAA